AUGUAUGUGCUGGGCGGGUCAUCCUAUGAUGUAGCUCCGCUGGCCAUUCAAUGGCUGCUGCCUGCUUACGUCAAAAUCAUCAUCUCAGACCAGUUCGCUUGGAACCACAAACAAGAUUGGUCCAUAAACCAGACUGAGUAUGGGUGGGACCAGUUUGAAAAUCUGGACAAGCACACUCAGUGGGGGAUUGACUUUCUUGAGCGCUAUGGAAAGUUUGUCAAGGAAAGGCUGGAGAUAGAGCAGAACUAUGCCAAGCAGCUACGAAACUUGGUGAAGAAGUACUGUCCAAAACGUUCCAAAGAUGAAGAGCCGAGGUUCACAUCUUGCGUGUCGUUCUUCUCCAUCCUGAGUGAAAUGAAUGACUACGCGGGUCAGAGGGAGGUGGUGGCCGAGGAGAUGGGUAACAGGGUUUAUGGUGAGCUGAUGAGGUACAGCCAAGACCUCAAGGCUGAGCGGAAACAUCAUCUACAGGAGGGGAGGAAGGCUCAGCAGUACUUGGACCAAUGCUGGAAACAGAUGGAAAAUAGUAAAAGGAAGUUUGAGAGGGAGUGUAGGGAAGCGGAAAAAGCCCAGACGACCUACGAGCGGUUAGACAACGACAUCAACGCCACCAAAUCAGAGGUGGAGAAGGCCAAAGCCCAGCUGUACCUGCGCACACACACGGCUGACGAGAGUAAGAACGAGUACGCCGCUCAGCUCCAGAACUUCAACUCGGAGCAGUGGAAACAUUUCAAUAACGCCAUACCGCACAUCUUCAAGAAUCUGCAAGACAUGGACGAACGUCGAACGGUGAAGCUCGGGGAGACGUUUCGAUGCUUCGCUGAGGCAGAGAAGAGGGUCAUCCCCAUCGUCUCCAAAUGCCUAGAUGGAAUGGUUUCUGCUGCCAAGGCUGUAGACGAGCGGCGGGAUUCAGCAAUGGUUGUGGAGUCAUUUAAAUCUGGCUUUGAGCCCCCCGGAGACUUUCCCUUCGAAGACUUCAGUCAGAAUAUAAGUAAAAACGGAUCAGACGGGGCCAUCAACAACACACCCAAAGGAGACAGAGACAAGGACGUAGGCCCCGGCUCACGAUCUGACCCCAAACAUCCCAUGAGCAGAACCAAGAACAAACUCUGGCUGUUCGGCAAAAAACCCAAG